AUGAGUGUAGGUGUUCCUCUGAUCAUCAACAAGAGAGUGGGGGACUCCGUGGAGCUGCUGGCAGGCAUAGAGAAUGGACAUUUGAAAUCCUUGGUGUGGAAGUAUAUGGAAAAGGAAAUUGUAGAAUUCAACACAGAAGCCGUUUAUUCACCUGCAUCCCAGUUUGAGGGGAGACUAAAGAUGAACACUAAAAACUUUAGUUUAACAGUCAGAGAACUGACACUGCAAGACUCAGGGGAUUUUCUACUUACAGGUGAAGGGGACAAAGGUCAGAUUGGCAGUAAGACCAUCACUCUGAAGGUCCACGAGCCUAUAUCUAAGGUGGCGAUCCAGACAGACAUCAAGCUAUUGGCCAACCACUCCUGUACGAUACGGCUGGUGUGUAACGUGUCCUGCUACCACAACAUUACUUACACCUGGGAGAGAGACAAUGAGAUCUACGGGGAUGCCCAGCAGAUUUACUUCUCUCUCUCACCAGCCGAGAGAAACAUCAGUGUAAAGUGCAACGCCACCAACCUAGUCAGUUGGAAAACUGCCUCUGCAACAGUAAAGUGCAGUAAUGACACAACCACCCCAGAAUAUGUGACAGGACUGGCGUGGUAUACCAUCUACAUUGGAGUAUCAGUGGGAGGUGCUGUGGUGCUGAUCCUCACUGUAGCUGUGGCAGUGUGCUACUGCAGGGGCCGAAAUAACACAGAAGAUCUAACUGACAACACAAUAUAUGCUGAUGUUAUGGACAACACAAGAAGUAGAGAUACAAGAUCAAACAGUCAGGUAAACCCAAUAUCCAUCUAUGAAACUGUCAAUGAUUCUGUUAUCCAAGAUUGA